CCCGCCCUGCUUGCGUCACUUCCCCAGAUUCCCCGCCCCGUGGCAUCACGGGCCGUCCUAGUCCGCCGAGGGAGACGAAGUGCGGGGAGGCCAGAUCCAGGCGUCAGCAAGAGUAGAAAUUAGAAGUUUAUUAAAGGACAGCAGAAAAGACUUCUCCCGGAGGAAGAAGGGGACCCAAGAGGUGGAAUCCGUGGAAGGGAUGUUGUCUCCCCUUUUUAUAGUUCUUUCAGUGAUGGAAUGUAGGUGGGAAGGCCCGAGGGGUGGGACACAGGUGGGCCAAAGAAGUAAUCUGGUCAGGAAGGACUUCUGAGUCAGCACCUUUUUGCUGGGGGCUGUUCAUUGACAUUUCUUUGAGGUGGACUUUGGCCUAGGGCCUUUUCAGGACUUCAUUAACAUUCCAUGAGUUGUCCUGCGUUUCCCGGAAUCAUUGCCAGCAUGGCCUCCAUUUUAGAUUUCACUCGGUAUUAGACCCGAUUUACCUAACUACACUGACUACCUAACUUUAAAUCUGGCUUCAUUCCCCCCUCUAAGUUGGGAACUCCUUACUGCUGUAAGGAAGGGGGGCGAAGAAGAUCUUUCUGGCUUCUUCAGGCUGAAAAGGGACGAUGUGGGGCAAGCAGUUUGGAGUCCCCCUUUAAAAUCAAAUCGGGUCUAUCGAGUGGUCCAUGAUAAAAGUCCAAUUGAGAAGUAAUAGGCUGGAGGGCCAUUUGAGUGUGGAUGGUCUAUAAGAGAAACAAGAAUUCAUUAGUACUGGAACCAUAUUGAUGCAGCAAUAAACGCCAUAGCACAGGAAUAUGCCAAUGAGUAUGAUGGCAAAGACAAAGACUAACAAUGUUUUCCACCAGGAAGUACCAAGAACUAGGAGAUAAGAUAUUGUUUCCAUGACAAAGUUGCUGAGGACAUGGCUUCUAUCUGAGCAUGUAAAUCUUUAAGGAUAUUUGUCACAUUGCGAGAAAUGUCAGGGAUGUAAACACAACAUUUAACUUUUAGGGUUACAGAUGUCCUUUUCCUUAAGAUACAGUUUAAUAAUUUAAUGUCAUCUGGUCUUGUAAAAUCCUUUUACUAGUAUGACCUCUGUGUCUAAUAGAGAAAUCUUUAAUUCUGUUACUUAGGGCUGGAUAACCAUACUUGCAAACACUAAGCCUACCUGUGCAGGUUAGAAAUAAAGGCCUUAAACUAAAAACUACUCUGGCAGUUCCUUUUGAUAGUUAUCAGGCAUUCCUGUCUGAGAAUCUCUUUUGUAGCCUCCAGUUUACUUAUUUUUGGAAGUUACAUUUAACUAUUAUUAUUAUUAUUUAAAAUGUCCAGGAACAGCUGUGCUUUGGCUUUGACUGUCUUUGCUAAGUGUUUAAGAUGAAGCAAGUCAAACUGACUUUGGUUUUUAUCUAUUGUUAACAGUCAGCUGAGCUUCCCUGGGAGUCCUCGGGGAACUUCACAGCAGCUUCUCAGUUCUGCUAGUGCCAUUGCGCUAGGAUGGGUCCAGGCCUUGCUUAACCAUGUGGCUUCCCUUGGAAGCAUCAGGGAUGUCUCCCUUUUCUGAUGACCCUCCUCUUCACAGCAAAUGCACUGAUUGGCUUUCUGUCCUCCACUGGUCUCAUUAAUCUCCCUGAUCGGGAGGUUAUGUGGCCUAGAGUUGCAAAGCUCUUUGGAGAAGUCCCCUAUUCCCUGAUUCAGACUGACUUAGAGGGCAAGAGCCAAAUAUUGGUUUUCUUGGCCCUUUUAAUUUAACUUUAAUUUUAAAACUUAAUCUUAAACAUCCAGCAAAUAAGUUAACAGCCUUAUAUUAAAGAGCACUGGGCUUUAAUGUCUAUCUCUCUAUCCAGUAGGUGAUAACUCCUUAUCUUAUGUUGACCCAGGUUGUGUUCUUAAAGCAGUACCUCUUUAAAACAUUAACAGGCAAUCCUUAAACCAUCUAUAAGCAAACUACAACACAAAACUAACUAGGGUAAAAACAUAUUUAGCUUAUAUAAUAGCUACCUUGAAUUCUGGCAGGGUUAUACAUCAUAAUUCCCUGUUUGAGAUCCUAGUAAUCUUGGCAAAAAAACUACUUUUGGACACAACUUUAACUGUACUGAAAUCUGGCCUACUUCUUUCAUAGUCACUUUCACAUGUAGUGAGAUGGGACAGAGCCUUAUCUCAAGUAAGGCAGGGCUCUUCAUAAAUCUUAAGUACUGUAGUUCUGAAACUGAUCUUUGCUUUUUAAACAUCAUUUUACAAAGCCUACAUAAAUUGUUGCUCAAGUUCACAUGAAUAUUAGCUAACACAAUAUAAUAUCACACCUAAAACAUGAAUUAAAGAAAAGCUGAAAGCUUUUAACCUUUUGUAGAAAAGUAGUAAAGUACUUUUGUGUUUUGCAAUAAAACCUUCACACAGAUUAGGCUCUCAUUAACUUAAAAAUUCAUUUAAAUUGUAUCUCAGUGUAAAAAGUAACAUAGAACUUUACAUCUUAUUGAUAACAAGUCCAGUUAUAGAACACAAAUGAUAAAUAAAUCUAACAUGUUUCUUUUUAAGCCUAAAAUUACCAUACAACUUUGAAGCUUCUACCUUACAGACUUGUAUACCUGGAAGAUAUGAACACAUUAAUAGCACCAAUUACACUGAUGUUUUUAUAUUAACCAAGUUUAGCUUUUAAAGAAAUAACACAGCACAAUUCUCUAAAACAACAGCACUUGUUUAACCAGCUGUUUAAUUUCUUUAAGAUUACUUGCUCAAAAACUUACACUUAUAAGCAACUUACACAGACCUUUUUUAUAUCAUUUACUUAAGCCCUCUUAAUCAUAUAGACUCUUAUCCAGAAACACAUUUUUCCUCUUAAAUCCAUAUCUAGAACCUUCUAGUUUCUCUUUUUUAUCUGUUAACCUCCUUCUGUUCACAUUUUGAAACAAUACUUGUAAAUUUUUGAAUUUAAGCAGAUUUAACAUUAGGGCCUUUUUGAACAUCUAGAAAAACUUAUAAGCUUAAUUUUAAAGACAUCUUUACUUUCAUCUGUUUACCCAAUUUAAAUUGAACCAUUUGAAUCACGUGAAUCAAAGAUAUUUGGAUCCAUUUUUUAAUUUUUUAUGAGCGCUCCUCAUCUGUCAAUUGUCAUAUCACUGCAUGAUAUAUGGACAUACACACAUACAGACAUACCGACAUACAACACAUAACACAAGUGUAACACAACACAAUAGUAAAGGCCUUGUAGCUUUCUCAGGUGAAAUCUCAUUGCAAUGUUUAAAAAAAAAAAAAAACUCCAGGUGAUCAAAAAUAGAACUUAUCAGAAAAACAUUAACUUGUCUGUAGGAUCAAAAUCAUGAGCUCAAAAAAAUACAGAAUCUAAGAAAAAGCAAGAGUCCUAAAAAAAGAUGACUGGCCAGUAAUUAGUAAAUACCAUAUAAUUUACUUUUUGGUUGGGGUCUAGUUUGAGUUCAGGUAAAAAGAUACUUUAACUCUUUUUUUUUUUCCUUGGGCCUGAAAUCUGCCCUCUGUUGAGCCCCAGGCUUCUUCUAUUUGCAUAUCAGCUUAAGUCCUGGCUGAGGUCUGGAAGGAACUGGGAAAACUGGAAUUCUGAGCAGAAACCUCAUGCCUAAGGCAUUUUAACCAUAAGUCACAAUUUUCAGGUUUGGAUGUUGAAAAUUAUGAUACAAGUUUAAGAUACAGUUUACAAAAUUUCAUACCUUUACAUUUUCCUACACUAGAAAAAACUUGUUCACACAAAACUGAAAAUAGGAUCUUUCUUGAUAAUAUAAAAGCCACCAUCAGAAGAAAUUCCUUCAGGAUCAUUAAGCUACUUCCUUUGUUCUGAAGUUUCUAAAGUAGUAUUAAGUUACAUUAAAUCACCUGAAAAAAAAAAUCUUAAAAGAGAACCACACACUACCAUGUAUAUCCAAAAUUAAGCUUUAAAAAUUUAAGACUGUUGGCAUAAUUUAGGAUUUUCCCUUAGAGCAAAGAAAAUCUGAACAUACAGCACCUCACACCAUUUCCUUUUUUGUAAAUUUUAUCAAACUGUAAAAUUGUAUUAAAAUUGAUAUUUCCCUCUGGUGGCCAGGUUUCUUCAUCAGAGAGUUUGUAUUGAGGCCAGGCCAAGAAAAUGAGGCACUUUUUCUUGAACGUCUGAGGUUCAAAUUUAUCCCAAUUUUUCAAUACGCAGGCUAGUGGUGCACCUGGCGUAUUGGAGAGAGAGAAGCUCCUGUCUGAGUGAGAAGAAAACAGGACUCAGGCGCCCACGCCGCGCCAGAGAAAACUGUUCUCAUUAGGGAUGUCUCCCUAAGUUUGAGCUUCCUAAACGGUCCAGAAAACCCGUCUCUCACCUUGCUUUGCCAAGGGGUUUCUGGUCCCCUUUAGCAAAGUGCUAGGGUCUCAGUUUGCCCUGUGCCAGAGACCCUGGGAGGAUUCAGACUUAAGGGCAUUACUGCUUAUCCUCCCGGCCACUAAAAACCCAUUGCAAAAGAGAAACAUGCGCUCUUUGUUGCCUUUGCUCUGUAGACUAAAGGAGCCGCCUAAGUGUUAAGGGAUAUCUACUGGUUGUAAGGUAGCAGAUUACCAGAGGAGUUGAUUCUAAAAAUGCCUCUCUAGCAGCUUAAGGAACACAACACAUUUUAAACAUUGGGGCGGUAAAACAGACCAGUUAAAGUUACCUAUGCAUCUUAGGGAACCUGGGCAGAUUUUGCUAAUUAUCCCAUGCCUUUCUCUCAGUCCUACAACCUGAAUUGCUAACAUUUCUGACCUGCGAAGGAAGGGGAGCAUCCAGGAGGAAUGGAUGCGAGGUUGGGAGUGUUGCAUGGCCCAUACGGAGGCAAAUGUGAUUGGGGCUUUCCCUCAGUGCCAUUCAUCUACCGAUCACCCUAGAUACCCCUGAGGGCUGUCGGGAGGGGGCUCAAGAGAAAGGAACCUUAGGAAUCCUCUGAGUGUAGCCCAGACCGGAAUUCCGCAGUUGUUCCAAACUCCUUCCUCCACCUCCACGCAUCCGAGGCAGAUCGGGAUUCGGGACACUGUGUACUCACGCCAGUUGCUCUCCAGGCCCAGACAGAAAAGUUGGAAGCGGCUUUGGCAGAACCCAACAUGCCUGCUCUGUAUUGAACAGGUGAUUGAGAGCUGCCUAGGCCAGGAAACCUCUCACCCGAGUCUUGAAGAGUGGCGGCGGGUGCCCAUCUUACCCUCCAGAAAGAAAGAGAGAGAAAGAUGCACCUCAAACAGACAUGGGGUGCAUGCACUUACCUCGGUGUAGAAUCUCGGUCUGGGACCUCCAAUAUGUUACCGCUGUUGACCGGUGACGAGUCCUUGCUUCCCCAAUGUUGAAGAAUAACACCAAAGAAGCACGCCGAGGCAAGGUCAGAGUAGAAAUUAGAAGUUUAUUAAAGGACAGCAGAAAAGACUUCUCCCGGAGGAAGAAGGGGACCCAAGAGGUGGAAUCCCUUGUUAUUUAUUUUUUGAGACAGGAUCUAUUCUGGCCUCAAACUGCUUCAGCCUCUAGAGUCGCUGGGAUUAAAAAUCCGCACCCCCCACCGCCCCACCCACCGCGCGUGUUUCUGUCUCUUAAUAUUAUCUUCUAGUCAAUCUUGGAUGGACCCCAAGCCUCUCUGGACUCCUCCCACCCCUAAAUUCUUAAGGUCUCCCCAGAUGGGUUGUAAUUUAUCUCGGAACCUCCAGGCUUGCCUAAAUUAUAAAAAGCUCUCAACCUCAUACUUCAGAGAUUUCAUUUUGAAAUGAUCUUGCUAAGUUCCACAGUAUUUCACAAUGAAAACUUCAUAUAGUCACAAAUAUGAGAAAUAGGAUGCCUUUGAAGCGAAGUAUGGACUUGAAUUUGUGGAUGUGACUGCAUUGAAUAUGAUACCAUUUCUUCUGUGCCCAGAGAGGGGAUUCAUGUGUGCCUUUAAAAUCUGUGUCCCAGGAGGUAAGGUCACAUAAAACUUAUUGCUGAACUGCCUCAGGCCCUUGUGAACAACCUUGGUUUGACCCUUUUUUAUUUUUAUUUACUUAUUUAUUUUGAGACAGAGUCUUAAACUUGCAGUUCUCCUGCCUCAGCCUCCUAAAUCACUGGGAUGGCAGGUACACACCACCACGCUCCACACUCCACGUCUUACUUUUACAGGUGCAUUAAUUAGAGAAAGGUAUCCACUAUUUUCUGGAUGAAACUUGGUUUUCUGGUUUAUUGCAAUAGAAUGGCUUUCUCUGGGCUACAACAUUCACCGGUUACUCUUUAUAAUUCGUGCCCCCCAUGAAUCUUAUGCAGGGCAGACGUGCGUGGACUGUAGGUGAUGACCUGACCUUUACUAUGAUUGGCCCAGGGAGCUUCCUGGUUUAAGAUAACUGACUCUCACUUUCUAUAUAAGCUAGCACCAGCUUGCAGUAAAGUGCUUCAUCUUUGUCACUGUUAUCUGUGUGUGUGCAUUUUAAUCUCAGACGACCAACCUUGGCCUUUCAUUGGUGCCGAAACCCAGGAGGGGAAAUUCCUCAUUCUGAGGACCCCCUCUCUCAAGGUUUGCUGUCCUUGUUCACCUUUUUGAGCGCUGCUACAUUCCACCCAACACCGGCUCUCCAAUAGGUAACUACUUCUGAUCGACAACCGGUGAGUCCUCCUCCCCCUCUUUGGGAAUCCAUCUCCAAACGGCUAUAUGCAAAAGGCCUUGACUGUGAACGUCCAGCAAGGCCCUUGACGCCUAGUUUGGAGGAGAGAACGCACCCCACCACAACUUUCAUAGUUAUGGUAGACUCUCUGGAUUCCCAUCUCAUGGUUCAUGAGCUAUAAGGGACAGAAGAAUAGGCACUCCCUGACUCUCUUUAUCUCCUUCUCCUCUCUUGGAAAAACCCUGACGUCAGGUGGCCUGUGACUCCCGGCCUUAAGGUCUCGCUGGUUGGGCUCUUGGGUGACGACUCAUUUGCCCUCCCGGCCCCGGCUCUCCCGAGUGUCUUUGGUUGACUUCUCCUUUUGGGGAUGCCUGAAGGAAACUCAACCAAAUUCUGUUCCAGUCCAGGCCAUUCACCUCUUCUCUUCCUGCCGAGAGUCAUCAUGGGAGCCUCUUCUUCCCUCCCCGCUGAUUCCCUUCUCAAAUGCCGUCUGGCUAACCUCAACCGGUUGUCCCUCACUCCGGACAUCAAACCCUCACUCCUCAUCAAAUUCAGUACACAGAAUUGGCCAUAUUACCAAUUAGACAACCAAAACUGAUGGCCCCCAGAGGGGUCUCUAGAUCCUCAAAUUCUGCGUGACCUUUUUAACUUCUGCAAGUGCUCAAAAGGGUGGAAGGAGAUCCCCCUAUGUGGAGGCCUUUUCCCUCCUUCGCUCCCACUCUGAACUAUGCUUCUCCAAUAGAUCCUCACCCUCAGCCUUCUGCCCCAGACUCUCUGCUGUCACCCUCACCUCAGCAACCUGAUUUCUCACCUCUAAUUACUGGAUCAAAAAACCAAACCUCCGCCGGUUCUCAGACCAUUGCCCCCUUGCUGAGGUAGCAGGUACUGAGGUACCCCUCUACCCACUCACUCCUCUCUUCUCCUGUCAGUGCCCACACCGGGUCCCACCAGGUCCUUUUACCAGCUAACCCAAAGCUCAAACCAGCUGAGGAGAGCCCUCAGACCCGUAUCAGAGAUCUGGUGAAAAUGACCUUUAAAGUUGCUUUGUCAUCACUGAAAACAGGUUACUAAAACUUUAAUGUCCCUCACAGGCUUUUUGGGAUACUCGCUCCCAUCUUCCCCUCUGCUCUACCUGUUCUACUGCUCAAGUUUUUGUUGCUAGGAAAAUCCCAAACCCCUUUUCCAUUAUUCUUUUAUCUCUCCUUCCUCAUUCUCAGAUCCACCAGAGCUGGUCUCAGCCCCACCUUCCCGUCUUCCCACUCCCUUCCAGGCCCACAGAAAAGUCUUAACUGACCUUCUCCAGAAGUCUUCACCAUGGCUGACUUUAGGACUUUCAGCAAAAGAGUCCCUAUAAAAGAGUUCAGUGUAGAUAAACUUUCUCUUUUCAUGUUGUCCUGUUCUACUUGGCCACUGGCUGGAAAAAUCAGCACUCCAAAAGCUAGACACCCCCUUACUCGUUUUUUCACAAAAUAUGUGAACAAGGCCUCUGGCCUUGAGCUGGGCUUCACAGAGAUAGCUACAUUUCUAAGAUAAGGAAGUUACCAACUGGGCUCCAUGGGAACAGCUGGCAGGGGGAGGAAAAAAAGAAAAGAAAAAGUUCUCCCCCUCCCAGGUGUCCUUGAAAAGUUAACUUGCCCAGAACAGAGAAAAAAAAAAAAAAAAAACUGCUUUUUGUGAACUUCUGCAGACUGUGAACUUCUGAGCCCCUCCCCUUACAUGCUGGAUGCAAAAUUCUGAAACUACCUAAACUUGGGGCUCAGGGGAUUAAUUGAUUACAACAGAAGCAGUGCCUUCUGAAUCCGGUUGCAACCAAAUAGGACUGUUUCCCUAUCUUCAGUGCUAUCUUAGGUGCCUUGCUUUGUCCAUCCCUACAACAGUAUAAUUCCAUAUACUUAAAACAUUGUUUAUGUUUUCAUGAAAUGGUCAACAGAUGUGAUUAAUUGUGUACUGCAAAACACAAAAGUACUUUGCUACUUUUCUACAAAAGGUUAAAAGCUUUCAGCCUUUCUUUAAUUCAUAUUUUAGAUGUGAUAUUAUAUUGUGUUAGCUAAUAUUCAUGUGAACUUCAGCAACAAUUUAUUUAACUUUGUAAAAUGAUAUUUAAAAAGCGAAGAUCAGCUUCAGAACUAUAGCACUUAAGAUUUAUGAAGAUGGGGCUGGGGAUGUGGCUCAAGCAGUAGUGCGCUCGCCUGGCAUGCGUGCAGCCCGGGUUCAAUCCUCAGCACCACAUACACACAAAGAUGUUGUGUCCGCCGAAAACUAAAAAAUAAAUGUUUCUCUUUAAAAAAAAAAAAAAAGAUUUAUGAAGAACCCCGCCUUACCUGAGAUAAAGUUGUGCCUCCCAUCUUACUACAUGUAAGAAUGACUCCAAAGCAGGCCAGACUUCAGGUAAAGCCCAGUACUCUUAUUUUAAAGUGAAACUGACUUUGCUAGAUGUUUAUGAUCACAAUUUAAAGUUAAAUUAAAAGGGCCAAGAAAACCAAUGUUUGGCUCUUGCCCUCUGAGUCAGUCUGAAUCCAGGGAACAGGGAACUUCUCUAAAGAGCUUUGCAACUCUGGGCCACAUAACCUCCUGAUCAGGGAGAUUAUUGAGACCACUGGAGAAUGAAAAGCCAAUCCGUGCAUUUGCUGUGAAUAGGAGGGUCACCAGAGAAGGGAGACAUUCCCUGAUGUUUCCAAGGGAAGCCACAUGGUCAAGCAAGACCUGGACCCAUCCUAGCGCAAAUGGCACUAACAGAACUAAGAAGCUGCUCUCAAGUUCCCCCACGAGCGACCCCUGUGGGAACUCGGCUGACUCUUAACAAUAGAUAGAAACAGUUAAGCCAAAAAAUCAUUCCUAGGAGUAAUGAAAGACAAAAAUAGCUAAAAAAGAGGAGACAGCAACUAGGCCAACAGGCUCCAUGGGGAAUGUUCAGUCAAGUAUGGCCUUGGCUCCUCCCCCUCACAGGACCCCUAUUAGUCCUCUUUAGGUUUCUCCUAAUAGGACCACUAAUAGGACCAUGUCUGUUAAACUGCCUACAGAAGCUCCUGCAAGAUCAGAUAUAUAGAUUCACCAACCAGUCAGUCAAUUAACUACUUCUUUAAGACUACCAGCCCUGGUGCCCAAGAUGGAGACCUAUGACUCAUGACUAACUCCUCUGGCUCCAGAGACUAUGUGCCCAUCUAAAACCCUCUCUAACCCCUUUUUCCAGUUUUCACAACCCCUCUUUUACUUCAUAGGAAUGAGAACUACUCUCCAGCAGGUCACUCUGCUUAUUCUGUCUGCUCUACAGCAUCCCCACGAGGAAGCAUCAAACCUAAACUCCCCACACCUCAGAUGAGGAGCCACUAGCCAGGCAAAGACUGGCAGAUCAACUCCACCCAUAUGCCUAGGCACAAAAAGCUUCACUACCUACUUACUUUGGUUGAUACUUUUUCAGGUUGAAUAGAAGCCUUCCCUACAUCCAGGAAAACUGCUGACACUGUUGCCUCCAUCCUCAUUGAGCGGAUCAUUCCCUGGUUUGGACUUCCUGCCUCCAUCCAGUCAGACAACAGUCUGGCCUUCACUUCUCAGGUUGUUUAACUAGUCUCCAAAGGCCUCAACAUCACUUGGAGGCUCCAUAUCUCCUACCAACCCCAAUCACUGGGUAAAGUUAAAAGGCCUAACGGCAUUCUCAAGGAUCAUCUCACUAAACAUGCUAUCGAACUUAGGCUCUUCUGCCCAAUCUCCUGCUGUUGGCCCUCACCUGAAUUCAGGCAACCCCAAGGGCUCACUCAGGCCUUAGCCCCUUUGAGCAACUCUAUGGGUGCCCUUUCUUAAUCACCCAAAUCUUUUCAAUCACUCCUCCUCCCCUUGUGCCCCACCUGCCCUAUCUCACACUUCUACGCAAACUCCUAAGGGAACACACAGACUGGUGCCUUCCUGCGCCAUUCAUUGCCUCAAUCCCAGCACAACCACAAACUGAAUUGGACCCUCUUCAACUGGGUGACUCCUAACUACUAAAGGAACUGCUAUUAUAAGUGCCAGCCUUAUUUCUAAUCUGCUACGAGCUUCCACGCUGCCUUUACAGCUGAGAAUAGUCCACUGUAAAGCCCAUCAGACCGACUCUUUUCCUGCCACAGUGGGCAACUCUAAAGCUGACCAGGUCGGCUGCCCUACAGGCCCCAUCCUCUUCCUCAUUACUCCAUCUUUCCUCUGAGGAGCGACUUUCUGACCCUCACCAGCUCAUUAGAUUUCCCAAUUCACUGUUCCAUUCUAGCCCCCAGAGCUUAUCGACUUUCCUUCAAUCUUUUUUCCCUCUUUCCUCCGACGAUCGGACCUUUCUGCAACAGGUUACAUCCACAUGCCAGAUCUGCCAGAGGACCAAUACCAACACCCCCUUAAAAUCCAGACCCUAUCCUUCUCAUCAGGCCUGUGGUUACACCCCAGGAGCUGAUUGGCAAAUUGAUUUCACAAACAUGCCCAAGGUAAAAAACAUCAAAUAUCUCUUAGUACUGGUGGACACAUUCUCAGGGUGGAUAGAGGCAUUUCCCACAUCCAAUAAGCAGGCAUCCACGGUUGUGGACCAGUUGAUAUCUGACAUAAUCCCUCGUUUCGGGGAUGCCCACUUCCAUCCAAUCAGAUAAUGGUCCAGAAUUUACCUCGCAGAUAACUCAGGGGCUAGCUAGCGCAUUAUCACUCCCUUGGCAUUGCCGUUGCCCUUACCAUCCCCAAGCUUCCAGGAAAGUUGAAAGAACUAAUCGGUCUCUCAAAAAACCCUCACCAAGUUCACCAUGGAACUAAGCUUAGACUGGACUAAGGUCCUCCCCUUGGCCCUGUUGCAUCUCAGGGCUUUACCAAAGAAACCAUCCAACCUUCCCCCCCACACACCCCGGAAUACAGACUGAACAAUUACCUAUACCUGAUUCCUACGCUCUACCUCUCCUUUUCCAUCUACGCUCUGAACUUUGGAAAUACCAGGACUGGCUUUUACCUGACCCAACCAUUACUCAAAACCCCCUCACCCUAACACCUGGCCAACAGAUAUAUAUAUUACUGCCCCCCCAGGUGAAAGACCCCAACUGCACCCCAAUGGGAGGGCCCCGCCUCGGUUAUCAUGUGCACUCCCUCGGCAGCAAAACUCAGACUCACAAAUAAUCAAUUAACUCCAUGGAUUCACAUUUCCAGGCUCAAACCAUGCAUCCAGGAAACUGAUUCUGACAACAUCGGACCAGAGGACUCGCAAGAAUCCACACCUACAUACUCUUGCUCUCCCCACCCUACUGACCCUUUAAAAAUUCAUCCUUCUCAUGUUUCUGCCCUUACACCCAGAGCUGAGAACAUAUCCGAAAAUGUACCUUAACUUUCUGAUCCUCAUCCUCAUCCUAACCCCAAGGGUAAUGCCUUCACCAUCAUAUGUCUGGAGAUUCAAGGUGAAAAAACAUACAAACAAAAAAACCCGGACCACCCACUUGGCUACCACUUCUGACUGUCCCCUAACAGGGUGCUCCUCGGCCAUUUAUGUUGUACUCUCUUCCUCUUCCUAUGAGCUCAUUAAGCAAGCCAGCCGCCCUUACUUAUGUUUUUUUUAUAUGACCAAAAUAAGGAUUACUGCUAAUAGUGGCCGGAAACCUACAGAGGCUGCCCCUAUUGGUCAUGCAGAAUUCAUGAUGCAUAUUCAGGGCAAUUAAAUGUAGGAAGAUUUAAACUUGAGUCUGCCUCCCACCAAUACAAGCUGACCAUCCCAGACCCUGGGAACCCACGCUGGGCAGCAGGAGUAAAAGCUUCCUUCUAUUGCGGUGGGUAUGCCUCCACUUCCUGUGGUUCCUUAUCUGUUACCUGGAAUAUGUUUCCAUAGAGUCCCCAGUCUCUCUCGUCUCAACCAACACAAAACACUCAGAACAACGGCUGCUCGCAUCCCUAGAAAGCCAAUGCACUUCUGACUCUCAGGCUUCACUGAUCUGUGCCAGGUUACAGAUCAUCACUGACACAUUGUCCUACCUAAACCAAACUUUCCCCGCUGCAAGUCCAGCAAAUUGCUUUCUGUGCGCUUCCCUAGCACGGCUCUUACUUGCCACAGUUCCAAUAAAAGUUUCCAGCGCGGAUGAUUCCAGCUUGUCCAACUCAUCCUACAAAAAGGAUCCUAUUAAACCCCUGCAGAAUGUUCCUUUAUGGGAACCUGAGGAAAAUAACCACACCAUAAUUCCUCGGGUUUGCCUUCUGGGAUCCGCAACUCCCAAUUCCCUUCUGGCAGGUUUUUUUGCCACCACAACCUAAUCAUCAACCACAGCACUUACUCCCCACCAGGUCUCUUUUCUGGUGCAAUGGCACUCUCACCACCAUUAUACUCUCCAACAUGCCUAGCCCAUGUUUAUUAGUCACCAUAGUUCCACAGCUCACUCUCUAUAGCAACUCUGAAGUAAAAUUCAUCCUUAACCCUCUAAAACAUGGAAAACAGGUUGCAUUCCUUCCGUUAGUGAUAGGCAUUUCAUUAACAGCCUCAGCAGCAAGCGCAGGGUUAUCGGGAAGAGCCUUAGGUCAUUCCCUAUGGGCUGUCAAGGACAUUAAUUCAAAACUUAAAGGAGCACUUUUUUCCACAGCAGAAUCUCUAACAUCCUUACAAAAACAGGUCACCUCAUUGGCACAAGUCACCCUUCAGAAUCGCAGGGCCCUAGAUUUACUCACCACCGAAAAGGGUGGAAACUGUCUUUUCCUUAGGGAAGAAUGCUGUUAUUAUAUCAACGAAUCGGGUCUUGUAGAAGACAAUGUUGUUAAGCUCACUGACCUGGCAGCCACCUUAAGGACCCCAACAAGUCAAAACCUUUUCUCUUCCUUAAUGUCCACUCCCCUUCUGGCAUGGGUAUGGCCUAUCCUUGGACCAUUAUGUGUAAUCUUUUUAAUGUGUCUAUUUUUACCAUGUAUUAUAAAGUUUAUUCAAACUCAAGUAGGUAAAAUCUCUAACCAAACUUUUAACCAGUUUCUACUUAGAAAUUAUCAGCUUCUGGCCACAGAGAAUCAACCGCCUUCUCCAGAGAACAUCCCUCUCAAUGCUGAAAAACCCUUCAAAGGUUCCUGGGAUACCUUCUUGAGAGCGAUAUCUGAUGAUGCCUGGCUUGUACCUGCCGUAGAGACUUAUACCGACUGGACUGAAGUGAUAAUUGACCUUUGGCUACAGGGAAUACUUUGUGAUGUCACAUCUGACCUUAUACCAAUCUUUGCAGCUCUCUUGUGGGGACUUCUAACUUCCCUCCUUCAGACCCCUUCCCUGGCGAUGCCCCCACUCAGCAGGAAGUAGCCAGAACGAAUCGAUGUCCCUUUCCAUAUAAUAACAAAAAAGGGGGAAUGUUGGGAGUCUCCCUGAGAACUCCCCAGGCCUUUCAAACAUGGCGGCAGGCAAGUUGCCAGUGGGCGGAUAACAAGUUGUUUUGAAAACCUUCUAAUUGGCCCUCCUGUCUUCUGUACACGUGGACAGUUCGUGCCCCCCAUGAAUCUUAUGCAGGGCGGACGUGCGUGCACCGUAGGUGAUGACCUGACCUUUACUAUGAUUGGCCCAGGGAGCUUCCUGGUUUAAGAUAACUGACUCUCACUUUCUAUAUAAGCUAGCACCAGCUUUUAGUAAAGUGCUUCAUCUUUGUCACUGCUAUCUGUGUGUGGGCAUUUUAAUCUCCGACGACGAACCUUGGCCUUUCACUAAUGACAUGCAAACCUCUGAAAUAGUCCAUGAAUUGGGAGAAAGCUACAUGGCUGCUUGGCUCCCAGCAAAGAGCAAUGCUGUGUUUCCAAGGCCACAAAACAAACACAGCUAAAUUUUAAAACAUAUCAUAGCAACUGGGAGCCCGAACAUCUGGAGUGCAAACCUCAGCUCUGCAAUUAAUUCUAUGAAUUUGGACACGUCACUUUUCCUCUCUGGGUGUCAACGCCCCUCAUCUGCAAGUGAGUUAUUUAAGCUACUACCUGGCUCAAGCACAUCAAAAAUUUUCAUUCCUUUGUUAUGUCUUCCUUUCCGAGUACUAAAGUAAUUCAGUAGAACUCAAAUUCAUUCACCCUCUUCAUCUUUCUUACUAAAUUUAAAAAAAAAAAACUCUUUAGACUUUAAUGCUUGCUGUACUUAAAGCAAUAUAUAGUUCAGGAUCCACCAAUGGUCUAUAGAUAGGUGGGUACUUUUUUGCAUCACUUUCUGUUUUUUUAAUAUAAAGAUUUUAUGGUCUUAGCCAGAUGUGGUGGUCAACAACUGUAAUCCCAGAAACUCAGGAGGCUGAGGUUGAAAGGAUCAUAAAUAAGGGCUAGGGGUGUAGCUCAAGGGUAAAGCAAACAUGAGGCCCUGGUGUAAUCCCUAGUCCUGGAAAAAAAGAAAAAGUUUAUGAUCCCAGUCAAUAAACUAUCUUAACCAUGAAACAAUGAAGCAUAUUUGUUUUCCAGACAUGCUUUAAAAACUCCUAGGGCAAAUAUCCCUUCCUGCCUUACAGGGUACAGGAGAACCCCCUGUUUUGGUUGUCAGAUAAGCAUAGUACUUGAUAGCCACAUUUCAGAAGCUAAGAGAAGGGAUGUCACACACCGGCACAGAGCUUUCAGCUUCUAAAAGCAGAUCAAACUCCAGUGUAACACACUAGGAGAACAGACACCUAACCAUACAGCACCUAACCCCAGCCUUGGUCUGAGAUGAGAAGGGAUGAAAAGAAAAAAAAAAAAUGUUGACAAAACUUGAUGCUGUCACAAUACCAGACCUUAAACUAUAGUACAGAGCAAUAGUAACAAAAACGGCAUGGUAGUGGCACCAAAAUAGACUGGUAAACCACUGGUACAGAAUAGAGGACACAGAGACAAACCCACAUAAGUAUAGUUAUCUCAUUAGACAAAGGCGCCAAAAACAUAUUUUGGAGAAAAGAUAACCUCCUUCAACAAAUGGUUCUGGGAUAACUGUUAAAUCCAUAUGUAGCAAAAUGAAAUUAAACCCCUCUUAUCAUGUACAAAACUCAACUCAAAGUGAAUAAAGGACCUAGGAAUUAGAGCAGAGACCCUGCACCUAAUAGAAGAAAAAGUAGGCUCUAAUCUUCAUCAUGUGGGAUUAGGCCCCUACUCCCUUAACAAGGCCCCUAAAGCACAAGAAAUAAAAUCAAGAAUCAAUAAAUGGGAUGAUUUCAAAUUGAAAAACUGCUUCUCAGCAUGAGAAACAGUCGGUGAGGUGAAGAGAGAGCCUACAGAAUGGGAGCAAAUUUUUACCUCACACAUCAGAGCACUAAUCUCCAGGAUAUAUAAAGAACUCAAAAAACACUAAAAAAAUCAAAUAACCCAAUCAAUAAGUGGGCUAAGGAGCUGAACAAACAUUUCUCAGAAGAUGAUAUACAAUCAAUCAACAAAUACAUGAAAAAAUGUUCAACAUCUCUAGCAAUUAGAGAAAUGCAAGUCAAAACUAUCCUGAGAUUCCAUCUCACUCCAGUCAGAAUGGCAGCUAUCAGGGCUGGGGUUGUGACUCAGUGGUAGAGUGCUUGCCUAGUGCAUUUGAGGCCCUGGGUUCAAUCCUCAACACCACAUAAAAAUAAAUAAACAAAAUAAAGGUAUUGUGUACAACUAAAAAAGUUAAAUAUUUUUUUUUAAAAAAAAAAGCUAAAAAAAAAUAAAAAAAGAAUGACAGCUAUCAAGAAUACAGACAACAAUGAAUGUUGGUGAGGAUGUGGGGGAAAAGCCCGUGGGACUGCAAAUUGGUGCAGCCAAUCUGGAAAGCAGUAUGGAGGAAAACUUGGAAUGGAACUACCAUUUGACCCAGCUAUCCCACUCCUUGGUUUCUACACAAAGCACUUACAAACAGUAUACUAUAGUAACACAGCCACAUCAAUGUUUAUAGCAGCUCAAUUCACAAUAGCUAAAUUGGGGACCAACCUAGAUGUCCUUCAAUAUAUGAAUGGAUAAAGAAACUGUGGCAUAUAUACACAAUGGACUAUUACUCAGCAUUAAAAGAGAAUAAAAUCAUGGCAUUUGCAGGUAAAUGGAUGGAGCUGAAGAAUAUCAUGCUAAGUGAAGUAAGCCAAUCCCCAAAAAACAAAGGCAGAAUCUUUUCUCUGAUAAGUGGAUACUGAUCCAAAAUGGGGGGCAGGGGCAGAGCAUGGGAGGAAUGGAGGAACUUUGGACAGGGCAAAGGGGAGGGGAGAGGAAGGGAGCGGGUAUGGGGAAAGGAAAGAUGGUGGAAUGAGAUGGACAUCAUUACCCUUGGUACAUGUAUGAAGACACUAAUGGUGUGACUCUAUGUGUACAACCAAAGAAAUGAAAAAUUGAGGUCUAUGUACUAUGAAUUGAAAUACAUUCUGCUGUCAUGUAUAACAAAUUAGAACAAAUAAAUUAAUUUUUUUAACUGA